AUGUUUAUUAAUCAAGAAGAAACAAAAAUCGAGUAUCCAAUUCCAAAAGAUAAGGUUGGAUUUCUUAUAGGAACCAAAGGUUCUAAUAUCAAACGGUUAAGUAAUGAUUCUAAAGCCAAAAUUAGAGUUGAGACCAUUGGAACUAAAGCUCGAAUUAUUAUAAAAGGAACUCAAGAACAAUGCAAUAACGCAAGAGAGUUGAUUCGCCAAACAAUGGAAAAAUCUUUAUUACCACCACACUUGGGUUUCACCAUUUUAGAAAUAGGCGAUAUAACCAAUCUAUCUGAUGCGAAAUUUGAGUUCGUCGAAUUUAAAGGACAUGACUGUAAUGUCCAUUCUCUUGACAAAACAAAGUAUUACGUGAAAAAAAUAGAACCUGUUGACAAAAAAGAAGAAAAAUCAAAUGUUGAUGAAGUUGAUGAUUUGAUUAAUCUAUUUGACAAAAAACUAAAAGUUGUAAAACCACGUGACAAUAAAUGCGGAUUUAUGACUUCUGAUAAGCUCGAUGAUUGUUUAAACGAAAUUUCCGAAAAACUUACAAAAAUUGAUCCAAUAAAUCCUGUAGGCAAAGAGAUCAGAUUAACCAUUUUUUUUGGCAAAGAAUUAUUUGUAAAUGUUGGUAAAAAAAUUUUUGAUAUGAAUGAUUGGAGUAAUUUUGAGAGAGGAAGAAAUGGCAUCGGAACAUCAUUUCAACAUCAUUCGCCAAACAUUCAGAAAAAUUUAAAAUUAUUACAAGAUAGUUUUGGUUUUAAAAGAUCUUCAAGAGAUAAAAAUAAUCAAGACGAUGAUAAAAAUAAUUUAUGGAAAAUAACAAGUGCUGCUAAAGAUAUCAAUCGUUUUGCAAUUCUGGAUAUUAUUUCAGGAUCUUCUAUACCUGAUUUAAGAUUUUUAUUAAAAACUCAAUAUGAGCUUCUUAUUCACGAGAAUGUUUCAAAAAUAAUAAAUGACCUUCAAUCUAAACCAUUAGUAAAAAAAGAUGGAAUGUGGUUUAGACAAUCUGAUUUUGCCGGCAAAGAAAUAAAUUGCACUGGUAUUCGACAAACAUUACACAAGAAACGUUAUGUAAAUAACAAGUAUCAAAUAACUUUUCUAUCAACAAUACAAGACACUGAUAAUAAGAUAUUCAUAGAAGAAUCAAUCAAUCUUAAAAAUAUUACAUGGAGAUCCGUUGAAAAUAUUGAUAAAAAACCAAGCAAACAUUUCGAUGAAGAUAAUCUUGGUAAAACAAUACGUGAAACAAUUAAAUUUGCCAGAGAAGUUGCCAAAGUUGUCGCAUAA